CCACCAUGAAGGCAAGCAGAGGAAUAGAUUGUUUGGUCAUCUUUUCUUUUUGGUUGAGAUUGACUAUGGCCCAACAAAAUCUGUACCUUAGUGGAGUUCGCCAACAGUUCGGAUUAGCUAGCACAUCUCACAACCGAUUGGCAGAUGAGCUUCCGCGGGAAUUUUGCGGUCAGACUAAUAAGGUUACAGUGUGCGCUAAUUGCACCCAUAUAGCGGUAUGCGUUGGCAGUAAUUCCCCGCGGUCAUGCCCAAAUUCACGUCCUUACUGUAACACCUUGGGCGAAGGAGAUGCCUGUCUUGCAACACCAGAUCCACUAUACAACGAAUGUAGCCACUCCCCAUCCGGAAUAACCUGUACGUCACGAGGUUUUUUUCCUGAUCCAAUCGAUUGCCAAAAAUAUCAUAUCUGUGCUUCCAAUUCCGGCACGUCAGACGUUUAUCACUGUCCGGACGGUUACAUGUUCAAUUUAGAUACACUGGUAUGCGAGCGGAAAACGGAGAACAGUACAUGCUUCAGGGUUAACUGCAGCAGUGACACUGUUCUUAUCCCGUACGCCGGAAGUCGUCAACUGUACGCAUACUGUGAUUUCUCCCGGAAUAAGGAAACUCCAACAAUUCACAUGUUCCGCUGUCCAAAUAUGGCGGAAUUCGAUGGACACUUUUGCCGAUUUAGGUGCCCCAGCGAGGGAAGGUUCGCUAAUAGCAAUGAUCCAACGAUGUAUUACGAGUGCACGCGGUCUGGUCCUGAGCAGAGCUUAGUUGGACAGUUGACACGGUGUCGCAAGAAUCGAUUGUUCAACCGUACUAUAAAGCAGUGCGACACAGUAGUGAGUGGGUGAGAUUUUUUUUUUCAAAUGUGUAAGAUAAGAGGUGAACGGGAACAGUGGAUGAAAUAUUGUGAUCAAGU